AUGUCUUCUACUGAUUACACAGAGUCUACAGAGGCUACAUACUCUACAACAGCAGAUGAAACAGAGGAGGCAGAAUCAACUGAGCAGACCAAUAGCGAAAAGCAAGGUGUAAUGCCAGUAUCAAACGAAGAAAAUACAGAAAAAGAAACAACAGAGGAAGAGCCAAAAGAAGGAGAAGAAAAAGAGGGCGAAGCUAAGGAAGGCGAGGAAGGUGCUGCUCCACAAGAAGGAGAAGAACACAAAGAGCCAGAACCAGAGCCCGAAGUUGAUCCUCUUGAAGGCGUUGUCUACAUGAAAGACGAAGAAGCUAAAGAAUUAACAUUGAAUGCAUACGGAGAUCCUGCUUAUUGGGAAGCUCGUUACGUUGCUGAACCAGAUAAUUUCGAAUGGUAUCAAGAUCCAGAAGCUCUUUCUUAUCUUCUUAAAGAAUAUUGCGAAGGAGGCGAAGGACUUAAAGCUUUGGUUAUUGGAAAUGGUAUGUCAGAGUUACCUGUUGUUGUUGCAAAUGCAGGUGCUGAAGCAGUUACUGCAAUAGAUAUUUCAAAGACAGCAAUUAAAAAAUCGCGUAGAGCACACAAAGAAUCCGAAAACAUUACAUGGAAAGUUAUGGAUGCUUGCAAUAUGAAAUUUGAAGCUGGAGAAUUCAAAGUUGUUGUUGAUAAAGCAUGCUUCGAUUCAAUAUUAUUCGGUUCAGAAAAUGACGCUAAGCAAAUGAUUUCAGAAGUUGCUCGCGUUCUUGCAAAGAAAGGUGUAUAUAUUAUUGUUUCUUGCUAUGCACCACAAGAUAUUCAAUCAUAUUUCGAUAAUCCAGCAGAGCUUCUUCUUAAGGUUGAAAAGACUGUAGAACUUCAAAAGCGAUUACCUUCGGAAGCUCCACAUUACGUAUAUGUAGUUCGUAAAGUAGGAAAACUACUUAACUAA